ACUUGGAUUUGUGGAAAGGGGAGUUCCCGUACUUAGCCUGGGGAUCUGGUUUGGCCCCGUGAGAGGACUUGAAAACUGGCUGGCCCUUUUUGCAUAGGGGCCAAUAUGGAUAUAAAGGUCACCAAGAUCGCGGAUGGGGCGGAAUUGGCUCUCAGCAGCUUCACGGCGGCCAGACAUCCUGCGGAAUCUUGUGGACACAAUGGCUUGCCUUUGACGCCUAAUUCCAUCGCGAUUUUGGGACAAGCUCAAGUCUUGAAGGCCUUGAACCAUGACAAUUGUUGCACCUUUCUCGAUUGCGUCCGUGGGAAGCACGAGCGAAUCAUUGUGGUCUCUGAAUACUUCCAAAACAGCCUGUUAACCCAAAUCAAGAGCGGGCAAGAGAUGCGAGACAUUUUGGGAAUGGCUGGGCAAGUCUUGCAAGGAUUAACGUUCAUUCAUGACCAGCACAUGGUUCAUACCACGUUAGAACCUCGAAACAUUCUUUUCACUCAAAGUGGGCGGGUUAAACUGUUCGAAACGGGCUUAGGACACAUGACCCAUUAUGGGGCGUGUGUGGAAUUCCCAAUUUUUAAUCCACGCUUUACUGCCCCCGAAAUUUUUGUCCAUGGCUCGACUUAUGAGGCAGCUAAGUUGGAAAUGAUCAAGGAGUUGGAUCCCGAGAGCUCGCCCGAUGUCGUGGAAUCGUUAAACGCCAUCAAAGAGGCUCCCAAACCUCCCUACGAUGCCAGAUGUGACAUUUGGUCAUUAGGGAUGGUCGUGGCUUGUGCCAGCUUAAAGUUGAGCUCACCAUGGGCGGAUUUGAAGAUUUCCCAAUUGGUGCGAAAACUGUUGAGCUUCCAGGAAUAUCAGGGCAACAUUUUAGAACGUGUGGCUCGCGAAAAUAAUGCGGUGGACAGAUUGGGCGAGAUGUCCGAAGAAGUCAAGACUUUCAUCAAUGCUUGUCUCCGCGUCAGCGUGGAUGAACGUCCGACGGCCAAAGCCCUUUUGGAGAUGUUGCGCUUGGAUUCGGUACCCGGUUCCAACUGUAAUAGUUUUCCUACCAUGGGUUUAAGAUCGUUAGAUCUGAAAUUUAAAAGGAAGACACUAGAUGAAUUAGUGAACGAAGAAGACGAAGAACCAAUCGACUUGCUUUCGAUCCAAGAAGCCUACUACCUGUGGAAAUUGGCGGGAGGAGAUAUUUUUGGCGAGUUGGCCAAGCAUGGACUGAUGGUCACCCGACCCCCCAUUUUGUCCUUGCCAAAGCUCGUUCUUCUCGAAGGUCACAUUGAAGGUGAGAGAAAAGAACGAUCCACACUCUAUGAUCCCUUGGUGAUUCCAUUGAGUUUGAACCAGUUGAAAACGUGCCUGACGGAUGUAUCUAAAGAAGAUUGUUAUCCGUUACUAAUGAAUAACAUAGCGACUUCUAAGCCCGGCAUUGAAGAGGUGGCUCAAAUAGAUGUCAUGGAUGGAACUGCGAGCUUGCCAAUUUUGAUCAAGGAAAGUGAUGUUCGGUACCAGUUCAAACGUAUAAUUCUUUACCGAAGAUUACUUCAAAGUUAUCCAUACCUUCGGCCAGUGUUGUUGAAUGAGGCCAAAAUUGAUUCCCUUCCAUUGUACCGAUCCUAUAUUUGGGCUGCUCUCCUGGGUAUUGACUACGAUACGGUGGCCUUCUACGAGCAAUUUGAUAAAGACACUUGGACUCCAACUGAUCGACAAAUUGAAGUCGAUAUCCCCCGUUGUCAUCAAUACGAUAACCUUUUGGCUUCGCCGGCAGGACACCGCAAAUUCAAGCGAAUCCUCAAAGCCUGGGUAGCGGCGAAUCCUCAAUAUGUUUAUUGGCAAGGACUCGACUCACUUUGCGCACCGUUUUUAUAUUUGAAUUUUAACGACGAGGCUCUUGCGUUUGCUUGCCUCUCCUCGUUCAUUCCCAAGUACCUGUAUGGCAUGUUCCAAAAUAAUAACGCGCCAGUGAUCCAGGAAUAUCUGGCCAAACUGAGUCACAUCCAAGCAUUUCAUGACGCAGAGUUGUUCAACCAUCUUGACAGCAUUGGAUUCAUUCCGGAUCUUUAUGCCAUUCCCUGGAUCUUGACCAUGUUCGCUCACGUGUUCCCGUUGAAUAACAUAUUUCACCUUUGGGACAAGCUGCUCUUGGGCAAUUCUGCAUUCCCAUUGUGCAUCGGGUUGGCAGUGCUGUACCAGAUGAGAGAACGUCUUUUGCAAGCCGAAUUCAACGACUGCAUCCUUCUAUUCAGUGACCUCCCAGCGAUUGAUAUCGAAAAAUGUGUUAAAGAUUCAAUUCACAUUUUUAGCACAACCCCAACCAGCAUUAGUUACCGAAAAUAUGGGUUUCCCGCCAAAGGUGUGCGAAGGAGAACAUCUUCUUCGAGUUCACUUUCGUCGUACGACGUCAUCGAGGAGCCUUUGAAUAUUGCUUCCAUCACUCUGGCGCAACAAAAGGCUGAGAAAAUCCCUCGUCUCAGUGGAUGGGAUUUGCUCCAACUCUUAGGCAUUGAACCUUCAAGCAAUAAAGUGGAAGUCCUCGUCAUCGACAGCCGUUCCUCGGAAGAGUAUCGCUUGGGCACAUUACCGGAAAGUGUGCAUUUGCCUCCAAAUCAGGCAUUUGACGGCGAUAACUUGAGUGCAACUGCCGAAUCGCAGCUCCAGGGUCGAAAAGGAAAGGUCGUUUGUGUGGUUGGAAGUUUGCACACCGAAGGUGAAACCAUCGCGUUUGCCGAGAAACUGUUGAUCCACAACAUCAAUCGCUUAUGCGUUCUUCAUAACGGGAUGGAGAUCUUCAGAAGCAGAAGCGGGGUUCUUCGGGUCCCCAACACUUAAACAAAUGAAAUGCUCAAGUCGUCCAAUCUUCCAGACCCUUUAAUCUGAUGUACUUUUUAAUGUGAAUUCUGUCAUACAGAGUGAGAUUAAAAUUAUGCCACCUUGGA